UCCACAGAGCAUGGUAUGAUCGUGCUUAUAAAAUGCCCUUUCGGUACUUUGUAUCCGGCAAACGAAGAAAUAGAAGGAUACGCUAAAAGAAGUUGUCUGCUUCUAUCAGAUGGUUCGGUUCAGUGGAGCGAAGUGAAUGCGAAUAACUGCCAAGCGGAGGGAUUUCGAGCAGCGGAAGAAUUAGCUGGCGAGUUGCAAGCUCUAACUAGUAAUCCAGAUAAAGUUAGUCCCAAAGAAUUCCAACAAGCAGCCAGUCAAAUAGAAGCCAUCGUACAAUACGCGGUUCAAAACCAAAAGCUCGCCUACGACAUGGUUUCGGUACUAAGCAACAUGUUAGAUGUUAACGAUAACGUGUACGAGGUUGGAGACGAAGAUGGAAUUGUCACUAAAAAAUUAGUACAGGUUGUGGAUACUUUUGCAUCGAAUGUUAAAUUAAGUCCCGGAGAGAAGGUCGAAUUUUUUACACCAAAUAUUGUGAUAGUUGCAUCGAAUCCUAGCGAAGUAUCGGGGGAUGGUUUGGGUUUCUCACCGGAUCCCGGACGUAGAAAAAGAAAUGCCGACUUCCUUCUAAAUUCUCAAGUAAGAUAUAAUACAAAACGAUUCUUUUUGAACGAAAUUGCCGAUUUAUUUCGUAUUUAUUCGAUUUAAAUUAAAUAUAUAUUUUUUUAAAUAUAAACGAAAAGCACGCUCGUUUGUUUGUUUAUAUCGACUUUUCCAAAAUUUGUUUUUGAAUCUUCGGGGGUCAUCUUAUUUGCCAGCAUUUCGCAU